AUGUACACUGUGGAGAUUAAUGACACAAAGAAUGCAGACUUACCAGAAAAGGUGAAUGCAGAAGACGAUCACAACAAUUUAAAGAACAAAAAGAAGAAGAAGAAGAAGGGGAAGGGCAAAAAGGUUGAUGAUCUUAAGCAGGAACUGGAUUUGGUGAGGAAUUCUGAGGUUUUUUUUUAUUUGCUACAAUCCGCUUACAUUCUCAAAGCCCUUGGUCUUUCUAAUGCAAAAGCUGCAGAGGUUCUGGUUCGUGAUGGUCCCAACGCACUCACUCCUCCAAAGGGAACUCCUGAAAUCAUCAAGUUUAUGAAGCAGAUGAUUGGAGGUUUCUCUCUUUUACUAUGGGCAGGGGCAUUUCUCUGCUGGAUCGCAUAUGGGGUUCAGGUCGCUCAAGAUCCCACGGCACUCAAAGACAAUUUGUACCUGGGCAUCGUGUUGGCUGUGGUUGUCAUCCUCACUGGUUGUUUUGCCUAUUACCAAGAAUCUAAAAGCACCAACAUCAUGGCCAGUUUCAAUAAGAUGAUCCCACAGCAAGCGUGUGUUACCCGAGAAGGAGAGAAACUGGAGAUCCCGGCCACUGAGCUUGUAGUAGGAGAUUUAGUGGACAUCAAAGGAGGAGAUCGAAUACCAGCGGACCUUAGGCUUAUCUUUGCCCAGGGCUGCAAGGUGGACAAUUCCUCCCUGACAGGGGAGUCAGAACCCCAGAGUCGAUCUACUGAAUACACACAUGAGAAUCCUCUAGAGACGAAGAACAUUGCCUUCUACUCCACCACCUGCCUGGAAGGCACAGCAAAAGGUAUUGUGAUAAAUACUGGAGAUCGUACAAUUAUUGGCCGGAUUGCUUCAUUGGCAUCAGGAGUUGGAAAUGAGAAAACCCCCAUUGCUGUGGAGAUUGAACACUUUGUUCAUAUUGUGGCGGGAUUUGCCGUGUCUGUUGGUGUUAUAUUCUUCAUCAUUGCAAUGUGUAUGGGAUACUCUAUUCUGAAUUCCAUCAUUUUUCUUACUGGGAUCAUUGUCGCCAACGUGCCUGAGGGUCUCCUGGCCACUGUGACCGUAACGCUGUCUCUGACAGCAAAGCGCAUGGCAAAGAAGAAUUGUCUGGUGAAGAAUCUUGAAGCUGUAGAGACUCUGGGCUCCACUUCUAUCAUCUGCUCUGAUAAAACAGGAACCCUGACACAGAACAGAAUGACUGUAGCUCACCUCUGGUUUGACGACCACAUCCACUCAGCUGACACGAGUGAAACCCAAACACAUCAUUCAUUUGAACAGACAUCCGAAACCUGGAAAGCAUUAUGUAGGAUCGUCAGUCUUUGUAACCGGGCUGAGUUCAGGGCUGGACAAGAUGAUGUACCCAUUAUGAAGAAAAUUGUGGUGGGAGAUGCUUCAGAAACAGCCCUCCUGAAAUUCUCUGAGGUCUUAACAGGAGAUGUGAUGAAGAUUCGAAAUGAUAACAGGAAGUUGUCUGAGAUUCCUUUCAAUUCCACCAACAAGUUUCAGCUUUCUGUACAUGAGACGGAUGAUCCCAAUGAUAAGAGGCUUCUGCUGGUCAUGAAAGGUGCUCCAGAAAGAAUCUUAGACCGAUGUUCCACCAUUAUGAUUGGUGGUAAGGAGCUCCCAUUGGAUGAAACCAUGAAAGAUUCCUUCCAGACAGCUUACAUGGAGCUCGGAGGUCUCGGAGAGAGAGUCUUGGGUUUCUGCCAUCUUUAUCUCCCAGAAGAUAAAUACCCCCCAUCCUAUGAAUUUGACACGGAAUCCAUGAACUUUCCAACCACAGAUCUCUGCUUUGUUGGACUCCUCUCUAUGAUUGAUCCACCUCGUUCUACAGUGCCAGAUGCUGUUUCCAAGUGCCGGAGUGCUGGGAUCAAGGUUAUAAUGGUAACUGGUGACCACCCAAUCACAGCAAAAGCUAUAGCUAAAAGCGUUGGUAUCAUCUCAGCUGGAAGUGAAACUGUGGAUGAUAUUGCCAACCGACUUAACAUUCCUCUUGAAGAAGUUAACCCACGUUCCUACAGUGAUGCAAAAGCAGCCGUGGUGAAUGGCACAGAUCUGAAGGAAAUGGAUUCCGAAGACCUGGAUGAAAUCCUGACCAAUCACUCAGAGAUUGUGUUUGCUCGGACAUCACCGCAGCAGAAGCUCAUUAUAGUGGAAGGAUGUCAGAGGCAGAACUGUGUCGUUGCUGUGACUGGUGAUGGUGUGAAUGAUUCUCCAGCUCUGAAGAAGGCAGAUAUUGGCAUUGCUAUGGGAAUUGCUGGCUCGGAUGCUGCCAAAAAAUGCUGCAGACAUGAUCUUAUUGGAUGA